UGAACGUUGCACGUUGUGAGCGCUACACGCUGUCGUUGUCGCUAUUGCUGUUGCUGCUCGUUGCCGCAGCUCGCGUUUUUGCCGACGCGUUUUUGGUCAGCUACUCAAACGAAACGUAAUUUCAGUGAAUGUCGAAAAAUGUGCGAACAGUAUUGAAAGUAGUCAACUUAGAACAUUGGUAAUUGAACUUGAAAAUACUUUGGCGAUGCCACAACGCACACCAAGUCCCGUGGCCAUGCUUGCCUCACGCAGCUGCAGCAGUCCGGCCGUCUCCGAGAUCUCCGUGGGCUCGCCCAGCCCGCCUCCGAUGGCCAUGAGGCCACUAAAUAUCAAACGCUUGCGUUUGCUUCGCAGUCCGGCCACAAUUCAGAGCGGGAAAAAGUGCAGCCAGGCUGGCGCAGGCGAACGCAUCAAGAGCUUCUCCAUAGCCGACAUCUUGGGGCAAGCGGAUGAGCGCAAGGCAGCCACACCUGCCCCCCAUGACCGCCUACAGCCGCCACCAACGGCGCCGCCGACGGCAACGGCGCCAGCUCUGACCACAAUUGGAGCAACUGCAGCGCCUCUGUUGCAUCCCGGACUGCAUCCGUUUCUGCCGCCCGCCUUGCUGCACAGCUAUGAGCAGCGUCUGGCCUGGGACUAUCAGCGCCAGCUGCAGGAGCACUUCCAGGCGCAGCUCCUGCGCCAGAUGAGCAUGGAUCCCGCCAUAAUACCCAUUCCCUCGGAAGAUGGCAGCUCGGAGCGUUGUUCGCAGCGCUCCAGCAGCAGCAAUGGCAGCACCGAUUGUUGCACGCCUCAGCAGGAGGAUAAAACCAAGCUGACGUCAAGUGAGAAGCCAUCUGCGGGAGCGGGAGCGGGAGCAGAUACGCCACUCGAUGCACUCUUUCAGCUAUCCACCAAAAACUUUGAUGAGGAGCAGGAUCCCUCCACGCUGAACAUCUUUGCCACGCGUUCGAAUCCAAAGAAGAAGCGCAAAUCGCGCACAGCAUUUACGAAUCAACAGAUCUUUGAACUGGAGAAACGUUUCCUCUACCAGAAGUAUCUCUCGCCGGCGGAUCGUGAUGAAAUCGCCGCUGGCUUAGGACUAUCCAAUGCACAGGUCAUCACGUGGUUCCAGAACCGACGGGCCAAACUCAAACGCGACAUGGAGGAGCUGAAAAAGGACGUGCAGAGCGUGAAACAAUUACCCGACCAGUCAGCAGAUCCCAUGCGAUGCCGGCCAUCGCAACCACAUCCGAGUAACAGUCACCACCUCCACCCCCAACAGCGGACGCAGACGCAUCAGCAGCAGCAGCCGACGAGCAACUCGAGCCGGGACAAGGAGGAACUUCGCAUGCUGAAGAUGAUGACACUGAUGCGCUAUUCGGAUGGCAAGCUGCUCUACCCGCCCGCCGCUCUACCGCCCCCCUGCUUGCCACAGCUUGGCAACUAGUUACCACAACAAUUUACCCCACAGCAGCGAUUAGCCCAAUUUGUACUUUCCACACACACACACACACACACACGAUUUCUAAUUUGCCAAACAAGAAAACUCAAAAACAUUUUCAUCGCAAUCAUUUUCCUAAUUGUAGUAUUAAAUUUCCUCAUAUAAAUUGCUUGUGAUUUUCGUUAAAAAAAAAAAUAACAACCACCUUUAUAUGAAUAUUUAUAAUUUUACUGUGUUAACUGAUUGUAGAUUAUUUG